AUGCCGUCCUCCUCCUCCGGCAGCGCUCUUGUCGUCCCCCACAGCGGCCUCGUCGUCCCCACCACCCCCCUUUCGGUCAUGACCGCGCCUUACAAGGGCAAGCACGCACGCUCCUGGCAGAACCUCCCCCCAGAGAUCGUCAGGCUGAUCGCCACCUUCUACCUCCUCGAUGUCUCCUCAACGUCGUACUGCCCCACCACCUGGGAGUCUCGCGAUGCCUGGCCGCAACGUUUUGCCUUCACAACACUCGGGGAGGCUUUGGAAGUCGAGCGGGUCAUGUCCCUCUUCCCCGCGUGGAGGCCCCAUCUCGAGAGCCAUCUGUUUUGGAACAAGGCAUGUGCCCUGCUCGACCCCUGCGGAGUGUACAACCACCACCUUCGUGUCAGCGCCUUCCAUCCCGCCGUGGGCUCCAACACCGCCGCCCCCAUUCCUCGCAUCACCAUGUAUCGCCACUAUCGGAACAUGCUUGACACUUCAUGCACUGUGUGUCGCAUCAACUUUCCUCACAAUAACCAAGGCCUCUGCGUCUCCGGUAUCAAGAAAGGUCCCAUGAAUCCUUCUCUCGGGCCCAUCAACGUCUGCAAAGAUCACCGGAAAGGUGGCGCUUAUUGCGGCGUCUGCCUGCGAGAGGCGCCCCAGAACGAAGUCGAGGAAGAAUACGCCCACACCGCUCCCGUCUACUGCCUCGACAACGAGGACGACGAAACGUGGCCCAGGAUCGAGACAACGUGUCGCGCAUGUCGAAGUGAAGCGCUUUGGCGUCGCGUCAACAUGCGCGACCAGUGGCGUGAAGCCAUCGACAUCUCAAAAUACGCGUCCCUCGAUUGGGAGACUCGUCAAGCCGUCGAGUCUUUCCUUGACCUCUCGGAAGGGUCAAUACGGGACGUGCUCGUCAUCGCCGAGGACAAGCUCUGGCUUCGUCGACACACCAAGCUUGCGGAUAUGCUUCAGCAAGCUGUAGCGGCGCAGAGGUACGCUUCAAGAGCAGACAGCAACGAUCCGUACGGUGAAGACGAUGCAAGCGACGAAGAAGACGUAGAAAUGCUCAGCUUCACCGAAGAGACUCACAAUAUCCGCGAGCUCGCUCUCAACAACUGGGCCCGCAAUCGUGUACUGGACGGCCACUGGAUCAGCCCUGCGGAUGAGUGGUUCGGCUCCUACAACAACGGUCGCCCCCGCUUCGCAGCAGCUCUUCAUCCUUGCCCAUGGAACCGAGGAGCCGUCUAUGAGGGUGCCCUCGACGAAGGACAGGACGACGAGGCUCAAGAGCUGGAACAUCCCCGCCCAAAGACCGUUAUCCCCCAUCCCCCCUCAUUUACACUCUGCGAGCACGCUUUCCGUGCUUUCCAGAAGCAGAUGGGCGAAGUCCUUCGACCCGCAAUGAUGAACAUCGUCGCCAAGCUUAUGGUCGAUUGCGCCGCCGAUGGUGUGGAUCCUGCGACCCGCGCCGCGAAGAUGACACCCAGCGACAUCGUUCACGAGCUACGAGACGAGUCUGUGUGGUAUAAUGGGAUCGAUUGGCGAGAGCGUCGGGCCAACAUGCGCAUUGAGGAAGCGCACCGCCGAAGAGUGAAGGACGAAGAUGAGUCAUCCACGUCUUCUCGCUCCGAAGGAUCGCACACCACAAGCCCUGUGCUCUCCACCACCACUCUGCAAACGACCCCGUCUCCGCCACCGUCCGCGAAGGGUGAUGAACAUACCGUAUCGUCUCCCCUAGCAGGCGCUCCUCCCCCUUCCGUCGUCACGGCCAUCCCUCGACUGCUUCACCCCAUCCCCUACGUUCCUACAAGAACCGACCAUCUCCCUACCAAUAGCCAGGAAACGAUCGGCAUGAUUUGGCGCGAAGUUUGCGCUCCAUUAUACCACUGUCAAUGUUCCAUCUGCGAACGCGCCAUGUUGAAUGCCAACAUGGCCGGCGGCGUUCCAGUUCAGACUCAACCCACCACCGAGGUCCAACAGCCCCAACAAACCACCCAAGCGCCGCUUGAGAUCAAGAUCCAGGAGUCCCCCAUCCUCGCUAUCUCCCCGGACGCGGAUGUCGAAGAUUUCAACGACUCCGAGAUUGAGGACUUCUACGAUGGCGAGUCGGAACGCAGCGAAGACGUAUCGGUGUCAAUCCCCGAAUCCCCCGUCCCUGUUCCUACUCUUCAGGUGAUAUCGAGGAAGCGAUCAUGCUCAGACCUGGAGCUCGACGCACAAUCGCAUGUGCUCACCACGUGCGCCGACCCCGACGACCGGUCGAGGACCCCUCCAAAACGUGCUCGCCGCGAAGACUCUUACGAGUACUCCCUCUCCCCCGCCGCAACCGUGCCUCCGUUGUCCAGCUCUCCGUCACGACAAAGGAAGAGGUCGAGCGAAGAACUCGAAGGAGGUGACGAAAUUUUUCCAACGUCAGGCAAGAGGUUACGUCCAGAGGUCACCGACGUGCUCUCAAUGUCACCGAUGUCAACGCCUGCCGCUGUGGAGAGGCUUGCGGUUGCAGGAACCGUGUCUUCGAACUAG